UUUGGCAGUGCAACUACACUGAACCUUUCAUAUUCUUUCCACUUUUCAACCUUUUUUAGAGCCGUAAACAUGUCGUCACCGCUGUCAAAGCCUCAGAUAAUCGCGCACAUUCAGAAAAGUUUGAACUACACCGUGUUUGACAGUAAAUGGAUCCCGUGCAGCGCGAAGUUUGUCUGCCUCGGGAACUUUGCGAGAGGAACCGGAGUGAUGCAGAUAUACGAGGUGCAGCGCGGAGAGGCUCAGCUUAUCAAGGAGGUAGAGAAGCCUAAACCCAUAAAGUGCGGGACAUUCGGAGCCACCUCUCUGCAACAAAGACACAUAGCAACUGGGGAUUUUGACGGAAAUCUCAACAUAUGGAAUCUGGAGAUGCCUGAAGUGCCGGUGUACUCUGUAAAGGCCCACAAAGAGAUUGUGAAUAGUAUCGAUGGUGUUGGAGGCCUGGGGAUUGGCGAUGGCGCACCUGAGAUAGUCACUGGAAGCAGAGACGGGACAGUGAAGGUGUGGGAUCCUCGACAGAAGGAUUCGCCUGUAGCCAACAUGGAGCCUGUGGAAGGAGAAACCAAGAGGGACUGCUGGACUGUUGCUUUUGGUCACGCCUUCAAUGACCAGGACCGCUGUGUGUGUGCUGGCUAUGACAACGGGGACAUCAAACUCUUCGACCUGCGCAAUAUGUCUCUACGGUGGGAGACCAACAUUAAAAAUGGGGUAUGCUGUGUGGAGUUUGACAGGAAAGACAUCAACAUGAACAAGCUGGUAGCCACCUCACUGGAGGGAAAAUUCCAAGUCUUUGACAUGAGGACUCAACACCCCACCAAGGGCUUCGCCUCUGUUUCCGAAAAGGCUCAUAAAUCGACCAUCUGGCAGGUGAGGCAUUUACCUCAAAACAGAGACAUCUUUAUGACUGCAGGAGGAGCAGGCAAUAUACAUCUAUGGAAAUAUGAGUAUCCCGCUCAGAGAAGUAAGAAGGACUCCGAUGACGUAAAUGUGGGCGUAGCCGGCACCGUUAACCUCUUACAAAAUGUCACUCUGUCCACUCAGCCAAUCGCUAGUCUGGACUGGAGCCCCGACAAGCAGGGUCUGUGUGUGUGUUCAGGCUUUGACCAGUCUGUGCGUGUUCUCAUCGUCACCAAACUCAACACGGUGUGAAAAAUAGGUGACACCAAAGACUGAUUCUUUAUCUACUUACGUUUUUGUAGGAUGCUCACUGAAAGUCUUUUGUUGAAAGUCUUUUGUUGCACACUGGUUAACAUUUCUGUGCUUAAGUUUUGUCUGUUGUGAAAACUGUGACUUUUGAUAUGAAGUUUUGUUGAGAACUCUGUGUUUUCAGAUUAAAUGUGCCU